AGGAGGAGACGCGCGAAGGCGCAGUCUGGCGAGCGGCCUGUCCCGGACGCUACCAACCGCGCCGCCCGCCGGCUUGCCCCCGGGUCUGCGCCGGGCCGCGCUCCGGCCGCGGCGGCCGCGGCGUCCUCGGUGCCGGAGCCGGCGGCUGCCAACUGCCUGCGGACGGCGGGGGGCGGGGGCGAGGGGGAAGGGACGUGCGCCCGGUGGCCCGGAUUGGCCUCCUGGUCCCCCCGCCUGGGCGGCUGAGUGCGGGCGGCCCGGAGCUGGGAGGUUUGAAAAGCGGGCGAGAGACAAAGGCAGCAGGAAGCCUCCUCGGCGCCCGGAGCCCGUGCGCCCGGCCCCGGGGGCCCCUCGCCGGCCCGCCGGCCCCGCACAGCAGCGGCGCGGCGCGGCGGCGGCGGCGGAGGAUGCGGCAGGGGGCGUGGGAGCGGCGGCCGAGCGGCGCGGCCCGAGCGCGGCGUGGUUAGACUCGCGGCGGUGGUGGUGGCGGCGGCGGCGGGGCUCGGGAGUGAGUGCGCGGCGCUUUCCCCGCCCGGGAUGUGAGCGCCGAGCAGAGCCCGGGGCGGGGGGAGGGCAGGGAGGCGAGGCCGGCAGGAAGGAAGGAAGGACGGACGGACCAGGAGGAGGAGCGGCGGCGGCGGCCGGAGCCGGAAGGCGGGGAGGGGCCGUCCGUUGGGCCCGAGGCGGCGGCGGCGGCGGCCGGGGCGAACCUCUCGCGUCGGCUCCCCGGGGCAGGAGCAGCAGCAGUAGCGGCGGCGGGGCCCGCGCCUCCUCCCCCCAGCGCCGCGGAGGGGGGAGGAGGAAGAUGGAGACCCACAUCUCGUGCUUGUUUCCCGAGCUGCUGGCCAUGAUCUUCGGCUACCUGGACGUCCGGGACAAGGGGCGCGCGGCGCAGGUGUGCACGGCCUGGCGGGACGCCGCCUACCACAAGUCAGUGUGGCGGGGGGUGGAGGCCAAGCUGCACCUGCGCCGGGCCAACCCGUCGCUGUUCCCCAGCCUGCAGGCCCGGGGCAUCCGCCGCGUGCAGAUCCUGAGCCUCCGCCGCAGCCUCAGCUACGUGAUCCAGGGCAUGGCCAACAUCGAGAGCCUUAACCUGAGCGGCUGCUACAACCUCACUGACAACGGGCUGGGCCACGCGUUCGUGCAGGAGAUCGGCUCCCUGCGCGCCCUCAAUCUGAGUCUCUGCAAGCAGAUCACCGACAGCAGCCUGGGCCGCAUAGCCCAGUACCUCAAGGGCCUGGAGGUGCUGGAGCUGGGGGGCUGCAGCAACAUCACCAACACCGGCCUUCUGCUCAUCGCCUGGGGGCUGCAGCGCCUCAAGACCCUCAACCUGCGCAGCUGCCGCCACCUCUCGGACGUGGGCAUCGGGCACUUGGCCGGCAUGACGCGCAGCGCGGCCGAGGGCUGCCUGGGCCUGGAGCAGCUCACGCUGCAGGACUGCCAGAAGCUCACGGAUCUUUCUCUAAAGCACAUCUCUCGCGGACUGACGGGCCUGAGACUCCUCAACCUCAGCUUCUGCGGGGGCAUCUCUGACGCCGGCCUUCUGCACCUGUCGCACAUGGGCAGCCUGCGCAGCCUCAACCUGCGCUCCUGUGACAACAUCAGUGACACGGGCAUCAUGCAUCUGGCCAUGGGCAGCCUGCGCCUCUCAGGGCUGGAUGUGUCGUUCUGUGACAAGGUAGGGGACCAGAGUCUGGCUUACAUAGCCCAGGGGCUGGACGGCCUCAAGUCCCUCUCCCUCUGCUCCUGCCACAUCAGUGACGAUGGCAUCAACCGCAUGGUGCGGCAGAUGCACGGGCUGCGCACGCUCAACAUUGGACAGUGUGUGCGCAUCACGGACAAGGGCUUGGAGCUGAUAGCUGAGCACCUGAGCCAGCUCACUGGCAUAGACCUGUACGGCUGCACCCGAAUCACCAAGCGCGGCCUGGAGCGAAUCACGCAGCUUCCCUGCCUCAAGGUACUCAACCUGGGACUCUGGCAGAUGACGGACAGUGAGAAGGUCAGGUGAGGGCGGCAGCACCGGCUCCCCUGGCCUCCCCCCACCCCAGGCACGUGCAUACACAGGUCUUUGCAGUGGAUGAGGUGGGGCCCUCCCCACCUGCAGCCCGUUCCGUUCCUUUCGCUUCCAGGACUACCGCCUGGGCCCUCCUCCCCUCUUCCUCAUCCCUGCGGGGGAGCGGUGGACUCGGCUGCUUACCCACCCUGCCGCCGCAGGGCCGCAGGACUGACUACUGUAUCCCGCCGCGCCUGGGGCUGGGUAGGGAGAAGGGCCAGUCCUUUCGACCCUGGGGAGUUGGGGACAAUGUUUGCCUUCACUGAAGCUUUCGUUGGAAAACUGUGAUCUGGUUUUUAUUUUGAAAUGUAUAAAGAGCAAACCCAACUACAACAGCCUUUUCACCCUUCGCCCACUCGGUACCCAAACCCCAGUCUCUUCUCAUCGCUUCUCUUUCACAGCGCUCUGCUACUCACGCUCCCUGCAUGCUCACGUUCCUUUCUUUAAAAAUUUUUGGAAGAAAUUUGAAAUCAUGGUCCUUUCUUUCUGCUCAAUACAUUCUAUCCAUUAUAUAUAUAAAUUAUAUAUAUAUACACACACACGCACGUCUGGCUACCUCGUUUUAGUUUACUUUUUUCUCUGAAGCCCUGGAAUUCUACAAGAGCGAGAUUCUGAGACUGAAACAUUCGUGUGCCUAGACUGGAAAGAUGCCCGCUGGGUUUGUACACCUCUUUUUGUUUUGGCUUCUUCCCAACCUCCAUCCAUCCAGGGUGUACCACUUCCACAUUCUGGCCAUCAUCUUCCCUUUCCUCCUUGUCCACUGGGAUAUGAGGACCCAACCGUGUUUUUAAAUCUUGACUUAAUUUAUAGCACAAAUGUGUGGGAGAAAUGAGUCGAACUGCUUUUUUUGUUUGAGAUGCAGAUUGUGUCUUGCAAAUGAUGAUUAUAUAUGCAAAUUCUGCCCUCCCCUCACUCUUCCAUGUUUCCCACAAAGAGGUCAAGGGGAGGCUUUCCUGUUGGGAGCCUGCACCCUUCAUGUGAUGGGGAGGAGACUGGGCACUCCUGUCUUGUCUGUGCUCUGUUCAUAACAUGGGAGUUUAUGGGUUUAAAAAAUUCUGUUUCUAAAUGGAGGACUAGAUGACUUUAUUUUGGUGGGGGUUGGGACUUGUGGCUUUAAAGAAAUGGCUUUUGAGUAGGAUGUAUAUUUUUGUUGGUUUUGUUUGUCUAUUUUUUUAGAACCCUCCACAGCAACACGCAAGACCAUGGAGUUAAAGAAACCCAGAGACCUUUAUCAAUUAAUUGUACUGUUUGUGAAUUUGUAUAAAUAAUAACAAAGAUCCUCUUAAAACGUUUAUAUUCUUACAGUAAAAGGUUAAACUGAUAUUUAUAUAAUAAAAGAGGAAAUAUGAAGUAUGUUUUUGAAAAAAAAAAACACACAAAAAACCCACAAAAAAAACCUUGUAUCUGUGAAUUAUUUUUAAGG